AUGGCUGCCGAACAGGAAACGAUGGCGUCAAGACAAAGCAGUGCUGGACCAAGUGGCACUUUGUCACCAUUGCGUAAAGCCAUGUCUUUAUCCACUUUAUUCCGCCAUAACCUGGAUGCCAAGCAAAGUUCAGCCUCACAAUCGCAAGCAAACAAUAAAUACACAGCACAAUCGACUCAAUCGUCUGCUUCACCUCCGGUAUCCUCAACACUGCUACCAUCUUCAACAUCAUCUACUCUGCCCCACAUGAAGCGAAUGAGAAGAAGACUAAGCUUCCGUAAAUCUCCUUCUAUGAGCCCGAACAAUGCAAUCGGUGCAGGAAGUUAUAUCUCAUCUCCUCAAAAUUGUACAGACACCCCAUCUUCAAUCGCAUCUUCAGCAAGUGGUGCUACGCCUGCCUCACUCUCAUCUUCAUCUGGUUCCACUUUUGCCGCUACGUUUAGCAAUCCAAGAGGAAGACCAAGAUCGGGUUCUUGUAGAGCAUCCCUACUCAGCGGUGGUGGUCGUAUUCUACCCUUUACUAUUCCAGGUAGUACGACCGAAGAGGAAUUAUCGGUGGACGAAACACCAAAAGGAAACAGAGCUUCUAAACGUAACAGUCGGGUACGUUCAACAUCUUCUUCUCCUCCAAUGCCUCCUAGAAGGCCUGUCACACCUGCUCCUCUUUUGGUCUUGGAUGAAGAUAUGAACUCUCUCGGAAUUACUACAAGACCUCUUUCGCCAUGGCUUGCAAGUCCAUCUGCUCGAACACCAACAGAUACAUUGAGUCGACAAAACGGUCUUGGACUUUCAGCUCCUUUUGCAUCCUCUUAUCCGGAUGCAUCAAUGGCACAAUUGCAUUUACCAUCAAGCUCAAUGCAUCGGUUGUCUUUGUGUCCUAGUCAAGAAUCUUUCCAUUGUCGUGGACUGGAGCAAGGCAAUGGCAAAACGAUUGAACCCUCUGCGAUGAUUUUACCCUCCAAUGCAAUGGCACCACCGAUGAUCAGAAGUGUUUCAGCAACAACGACUACAAGCGAAGGAAGCAAAGCACGCUUAAACAAAGAUAUUAAUCCUGGCUCCCCAUUGGGUUGGCGUAGACGCCCUUGGGCGCUUUCAUUGCAAUUGCAACCGCACGGACAUACUUCACGGCCACUUGCUUCGCCAACUGGCUUGACUCCACCACCAACGGCCAAACCAGCAAAGAUCGAAGAAGAUAAAUGUCAAAGUGAUGUCGUAAGUCCUCCUUCUCGAUUCAGUCUGAGCAGCGAGGAUACCAGCAAUGUAAGCAGAUUGAGCAGCAAUCAGCAAACCGAUGAAGAGACAGAAGUACACGAAGAUGAAAUGAGUAGCUUUGUUGCCUCUCCUGGAUCAGAAUGGUCUUCUUCUGCAUUUUCUUUCGAUACCACUUUGGAGUCUCCUACAAGCAGACCUGAAUCACAGUUUGGGCCUUCGCCAGAUCCAUCCAACGUUUCUGCAACAAUAAGACGUAGGAGCAAUACCGUUUCUGUUAUUCCGGAUCCAAGAUCGUCUUCCUUACCAUCACGUCCUUUGAAGUAUGUUCGAAAGGCAAUUCCCGUGAUGCACAUUACGACCGCUGCAACCGUGAACGAUGAUAUUCCUGCCAUUUGUCCUGCUUCUCCACCUGCGAGGGUACGUUUGCAUCUAAGCUUACCUCCUAGUACGGUCGCAAAAGGUUUACCGCAAGCCCAUACGAUGCUAAUGCCAACGACAGCAUCAACGUUGGAAUUCAAAGAAACGAUUUGUAGAUCUUUACAACUUCGUCAUGGUCUUUCUAUUUCUCCUUCUCAAUUAGGUUUAUUUGUUCCUGAACAACAAAAUGAAUCAAAUUUAUCGCUUUCGCCAAAUCAAUCACCUUUGCAUUUAGGAAGCAAUGGAAGUACAAGCCCUUUCAGUCGUUCACCUUGCUUGCCUUCUUCAUCCACUUUGGGCUCAAGCAAAGGUGGCUUUUUGCGUUCUCGUUUACGUUCGAGCAGUAAUGCAGGCGCAAGGGUAUCGAUGGAAGGAAUUCCAUCUUCUUCUUCCGUUCAACAACAACAACAACAACAAACUUCAAAUCAACUCUUAUCACCAUCUUUACGUUCUUCUCAAGCACUUCGUCAAAUGCAAAACGAAAGUGCAUUAUACCAAGAAGGUUUACAAGAUGAUGAUUUGAUUAUCGUGCGCUUUUAA